CAGCACCCUGCUCGUGUCUUCUAAAGCUGUCGGUCGCGCAAAUUGGCAUGGGUGUCCGGGCGCGUGUCCGGCUUUACGGUUUGCUCCAACGGGCAACCUCCAGACACAGACCAGGGCAUAUACAUGCAUAUAUAUUGAGAAUCAAAUGCUAAGCGCUGCUACGGCUCUUGCGCUGUACCGUUGCAGGCUCAAAACUAGACUGAGAACACGAUAUCAGGAGGCACAGUUAGGCAGGUUGAGCUAGCUGAAAGCUCAUAUACUAUUACAGCGCAUUACAUUGCAGGCCUCGUUGUUUCGUUGUAGUGCACCGACGAUUUCCAUCGGGCGAGGCGCUCUUUUGGGGGCAUCUUAUCGACGUAACAUGUUACGUCAACAGUUACAACUUUCUGACUACGCAUUGGAAUAGGUGGAUAACUUCGUGCCAAGCAUUCUGCAAACGCACCGACCGCUGCAACCGUAGGCCGACCCGUGUCACUGACAACUAGUCAUGGUGCAGCAAAUUACACCAUCGGCAAGCCCGGCCAAGCCACGCGGUGGCCGGGAGGUAGUUCGGGACCCCUCCUCUCCAGGGCCAACUCGGAGGAAAGGGGCUCUGCUGGACUCGCUGCGAAAGGAGUCGUCUGGGUGGCCCAUCGCCAACAUCAUCCUGAUCUUAAUACUCAUCCUCUCAGCUGCCUGCAUGGUCAUGUACCUAGGCUCUAGGACUGGCCCCCGCCUCGGGGCGCUCAAGACCUAUUGGCUGCCUGGCUCAGGGGUCAUCUCGGGCCUGGCCCCCUGCACAACGCUCGAAUGCGCACGUGAGCGAGCAGCGGACGAUGGAGCCCUGGCCAGCGCAGCCGCCGAAGAGGCAGCCGCGGAGGCGGGCGCGGCUCUUGAGGUGCCUGUGACGGGCACCGUGGCAGCUGCGGCGGCGGCGUCAACAGGAAGCAGCUCCGUCAGCAGCACCACCACCAGCGCCACCACUAGCGGCAGCACCAGCGGCACCGCUAGCUCUACAGGGGUGGUUGGUGGCGGCGAUGGCGCCGGUAGCACUGGCGGCAGUGGCAGUGCCAGCGCGGGCAAGGGCGGAGCCGCGUCGGGGCUGCAGGGCGCUCUCAGCGGCCUCACAGGGUUCCUGGGCCUGGACAAGGCAAAGGGGACGGCAGCGGCGGCGGGUCCGGGCGCCGCUGCCAACGGGUCUACUGCGUCGGCCCCGGGCGCAGGCGUGUUGGCGCUGAGUGUCCUGGAUGUGUUGCCGCUGACGGCGGAGGAUGCACUCAAGUUUGACUUUGACUUCUGGCUGGCUGAGGGCGCGAAGAUCGCGGGCGCGGCUGCGAGCAAGGCGUGCUCAGAGGGGUACGGCGUGCCGCUGAUCGAGCGGUGGCGCAAGGGCCGCGUGCAGCUGUGUGAGCCCGGGGCGGGCCGCCGGCGGCGCCGGGCGCUGCUGCGGGACGUGCCGGCAGACGGAGGUGAUGGUCAGCGCAACGGCACAGCAGCCGAUUCGGCCGGCAGCGUGGCGGCGCCGGCGCCCGCGCGCAGCCGCAUUGACGUGUUCCCGGUCAAGGACAAGCGCGCAACCAACAUGUUUGCAGCCGCGGAGAACACUGUCGUGGACGCCAGCGCCUUCCUGGGCGGCACGCCGGGCGAGAUGCCGGCGGCGCCGCGCGGCUCCUUCGCCGCCGCCUGCUCCGUGUCGCCGGAGCGGCUGCAGGCGCUCAAGGCGGAGGCCUACCUGGAGGUGGAGAACGUCAAGAGGUGGCUGGGGGACGCGCUGCAGGCUGAUGCCUACACCAAGGUGGCUCAGGCCUGCGUGCCGCCGCCGGAGCGCGCCGCCACCGCCGGCGCGGCGGCGCGUAAGUCCGGCCCGGUGCUGCACCCGGUGCUGCUGCUGACGCGGUGGGACACCACCAACGCCUUCCACAGCCUGGAGGAGGUGGUCACCACCUUCAUCAGCCUGGCAGUGCUCAAUGAUGAGCGACUGGUGGACCAGGGCCUGCAGGUGGUGAUUGCCGACGGCAAGCCCGACGGCUACUACCUGGACGUGUGGGCGUCGCUGUCGCGGCCCUACCCGCUGCGCAUCCUGUCCCGCAACCCCUGGGCGCCCGGCACCUGCCUCAGCCGCUCGCUGCACAACACCUUCGCCGGCACGUCCCUCCUCACGUCCAUGGGCGCGGCGCUGGCCACCCAGUGCAGGUCGCCGGUGGUUGCGGGUGCGGCGCUGUGGCUGCGGCACAUGCUGGCGCCCGCCAUUCAGCCGCCGGUGCGCAGCGGCUUCAAGGUACCGCUGCAGAACAAGGGCGUGGUGCGCAAGACCGUCGUGUGGAUCAGCCGGCGCAACUUCGAGGCCCAGAAGCGCGACUCCUUCACCUCGUGGCAGCAUACCCGCAUGUUUGGAAAUGAGGGCGAGCUGGUCCUGGAGCUGCAGCGGGAGGUGUGGCGCUGGAACGACGGCGCCUGCAUGCGCGCCGGCCUGGCCCAGUCCUUCCCAGACACCGGCCGCCGCCUGCUGGCCGACCGGCUGCGGCAGCGCCGCGCGGAGCGCCUGCGGCGGCUGCAGGCCCUGAUCGAAGGCCACGACACGGGCGCCCGCAGCGCCCUCCCAUCGGGGGAGGCUUCCUACCUGGCUGACCUGCUUUCGGAGGAUGCAAUGGAGGGGCCGGAUGCCGCUGGCGCGGCGUCUGCAGCCGGCGCGGGCGGCCGGCGCGCGCUGCUGGGCGGCGGCAAGUGCCGGCAGUCGAGUGUGUUGUUUGACCUGAGGUUGCUGGAGCUCAGCGACGUGCCCUUCUACCCAGACCAGCUACAGGUGCUGGGCAACGCGGCCAUUGUGGCGGGCGGGCACGGCGCCGGGCUGGCCAACAUGAUGUGGCUGCCACCGGGAAAGGGGGGCGUCCUGGAGCUCCACCACAACUCGGGUGGCAACCAGCACUACCACAACCUGGCGCACAUGUUGGGGCACCGCUACGCAGCGGUGGACAGCGGUGGAGACAACGUGGACCCCAGCGCCGCAGCGAGGGGCCUUCGAGGACUGAUGGACGCGCUGGGGGCGUAAGCAAGCAGUGGCGUAGGCUGCGCUGACGAGCAGGCUGCUGGCUGCAAGCAAUACACUGGGUACUGAUGGUCCAACAAGGAAUGCAGAGACCCUCGGUUUGGUCAAAUCGUGCGAGGACGAGCAGGGCGUGAUGAGUGAUGAGCCAGUCGUGCGUACCGUAACCUUUCUUCAUGCGGUGCUUUUUGUGGGAAGGUACGUAGCUGCCACACAGCCAUCAUUAUUUCUUAGGGGUAAGGUGAGGAGUCUGUCGCCAAGCGGGUCCCACUCCAGGAAAAAGUGUGUCCCCAGGGAGGCGCCAACGCGACGGCACCAAAAACCCCUGAUAGAUUGUCCUUCAAGGAUGCCGCCACGUCUACGGCUACGUCUCGUCGAAGGACAAUCUAUCAGGGGUUUUUCACCGCGUGCCGUCCGGGGUGUGUUGCAUGGGGGACCCAAAAAUUAUUUUUCACCAGAACUGUAAAUUUACAGCGUGAUGUAUUGCACUUGCCGAGCACAUUCAGAGUAUUUAAGAAUCAUUAUGCA